UUUCCUUCUUCACCACUCGAAAACAUCCCCAGCUGUAUCCGCGGGGCAGGAUAUCAAUCAACUCGUUCUGUACUACACACCCCUAAUACUCGCGGUGGUAAGCCGGUGCAUCCGCUAAGCUCCCCGCCUAACGACAUCACACACCUAAACUAGUCUCUGCCACCACUUGCAGCUAGCGUGUCCGCCCUCACCCAACGCACCUUUCACCUCUCUCUUACCUGCGGGCGCUGCCUGAUACACCCCUACACCAACACAAGACACGCACCCGCUCUCUGUCUAGAACCAAACCCGCCUGUCCGCUAUGAAUUCGCGUAUGGAGUUCACGGACCGGGGCAAGAAGGCCCUCGAAGAUGCCAUGGCGCUGGCCGAGCAAUACGCUCACACCCAGCUGCUCCCCGUCCACCUGGCCGUCUCGCUGCUAGAUCCCCCGCCAGACCCGUCCAAGGACCAGCAAAAUGCUCCCCCGGGAACUACUCACAGCCUCUUCCGUCAAGUGGUCGAGAGGGCCCACGGCGACCCUCAGCUUUUCGACCGAGCUCUCAAAAAGAUGCUGGUCCGUCUGCCGAGCCAAGAUCCGCCGCCCGAGCAGGUCACCAUGGCCCAGUCCUUCAACACCAUCCUCAGAAAGGCCCAGGAGCUCCAGAAGACCCAGAAGGACACCUACAUCGCCGUUGACCACCUCAUCACCGCCCUCUCCGAGGACGCUACCAUCGCCACCGCCCUCAAGGAGGCUAACAUCCCCAAGGCCAAGUUGGUCCAGGACGCCGUCCAAACCAUUCGCGGGACGAAGAGGGUGGACUCGAAAACGGCCGAUACCGAGGAGGAGCACGAGAACCUGUCCAAAUUCACCAUCGACAUGACGAGCAUGGCGAGGGAGGGCAAGAUCGACCCCGUCAUCGGCAGGGAAGAAGAGAUUCGGCGGGUCAUCCGGAUUCUCUCCAGACGAACCAAGAACAACCCCGUGCUGAUCGGUGAACCCGGUGUCGGCAAGACCACCGUCGUCGAAGGCCUGGCUCAGCGGAUCGUCAACGCCGACGUUCCCGACAAUCUAGCCGCCUGCAAGCUGCUCUCGCUCGACGUCGGUGCCCUGGUGGCCGGCAGUAAGUACCGUGGCGAGUUCGAGGAGAGGAUGAAAGGCGUCCUCAAGGAGAUCUCCGAAUCCAAGGACAUGAUUGUGCUCUUCGUCGACGAAAUCCAUCUGCUGAUGGGCGCCGGAGCUUCCGGCGAGGGCGGUAUGGACGCGGCCAACCUCCUCAAGCCCAUGCUUGCUCGCGGCCAAUUGCACUGUAUCGGUGCUACAACUCUCGCCGAGUACCGGAAGUACAUCGAGAAGGAUGCUGCCUUCGAGCGACGAUUUCAACAGGUUCUCGUCAAGGAGCCCACAAUUCCCGAGACCAUCUCCAUUCUCCGAGGCUUGAAGGAGAAGUACGAGGUUCACCACGGUGUCACCAUCGCCGACGCUGCCAUAGUUGCCGCUGCGAAUCUUGCCGGGCGCUACCUUACCUCUCGGCGUCUCCCCGACUCCGCGGUGGACUUGGUCGACGAAGCCGCCGCCGCCGUCCGAGUGGCCCGAGAAUCGCAACCCGAAAUUAUCGACUCGCUGGAGCGCAGACUGCGGCAGCUCAAGAUUGAAAUCCACGCCCUGUCUCGCGAGAAGGACGAUGCAUCCAAGGCCAGACUCCAGAUUGCGAAGCAGGACGCCGAGAACGUCGAGGAGGAGUUGAGACCGCUUCGCGAGAAGUACGAGCGCGAGCGCAAGCGCGGCAAGGACAUCCAGGAGGCGAAGAUGAAGCUAGACCAGCUCAAGGUCAAGAUGGAGGACGCGGCCCGGCUGGGUGACCACGCACGAGCUGCCGAUCUUCAGUACUACGCCAUUCCCGAACAAGAGCAUAUGAUCAAGGAGCUCGAGCGCCAGAAGGCUGCCGCCGACGCCGCGCUCAGUCAGAAUGACAUCGGCGGCUCCAUGGUUACCGACGUCGUCGGCCCAGAUCAGAUCAACGAGAUUGUAUCGCGAUGGACCGGCAUUCCCGUCACCAGACUCAAGACCACGGAGAAGGAGAAGCUUAUCCACAUGGAGAGAGCGCUCGGAAAGAUCGUCGUGGGGCAGAAGGAGGCUGUUCAGGCCGUCUCGAAUGCUAUCAGACUGCAACGGUCAGGUCUCAGCAACCCCAACCAACCGCCUAGCUUCCUCUUCUGCGGUCCGUCCGGUACCGGCAAGACCCUCCUUACCAAGGCCCUAGCGGAGUUUCUGUUCGACGACCCGAAGGCGAUGAUUCGGUUCGAUAUGUCGGAAUACCAAGAGCGCCACGCACUUAGCAGAAUGAUCGGUGCGCCGCCGGGGUACGUGGGCCACGACGCCGGUGGCCAGCUGACCGAGGCCCUCCGCAGAAAGCCGUUCUCCAUCCUGCUCUUUGACGAAGUAGAGAAGGCGGCCAAGGAAGUCCUGACCGUUCUCCUCCAACUCAUGGACGACGGUCGGAUUACGGACGGCCAAGGCCGCGUCGUCGACGCUAAAAACUGUAUAGUCGUGAUGACCUCCAACUUGGGUGCCGAGUUUCUAGCGCGCCCGUCCGGCCGAGACGGCAAGAUCGAUGCCACGACGCGGGAUCUCGUUAUGAACGCGCUCCGCAACUACUUCCUGCCCGAAUUCCUCAACCGUAUCAACUCGGUCGUCAUCUUCAAUAGACUCACGAGACGCGAGAUCCGCAGAAUUGUCGACCUGCGCCUCACCGAGAUCCAGAAGCGUCUCGCCGACAACGACCGCAACGUCCAGAUCGAGGUCACGGAGGAAGCCAAGGACUACUUGGGCAACGCCGGCUACUCGCCCGCUUACGGCGCGCGGCCGCUUGCGAGGCUCAUCGAGAAGGAAGUGCUCAACCGCCUGGCGGUCCUGAUCCUGCGCGGAGGCAUCAGGGACGGCGAGUCGGCCCGGAUCGUGCUCGUCGGCAACAAGAUCCAGGUCGUCCCCAACCACACCGACAGCGAGCUCGGCGAAGACGACGAGGAUAUGCUGAUCGACGAGGAGGACGCCGUCGAGGACGUCGCGCCCGACGAUAUGGAAGAAGACAUAUACGACUAAAAGGAACGAGGGAAUAGCGACGACGACUCAGAUCAACACGCUAACCUCCCGCGAACACACUUUCAUGCAUCAUGAGACGUACGUACGUCCGCGCAUGCGGGUAACAGCAUACAUUCGAUCAGGCAUCGGGAAAAUGGUCAUGCUCUUUCCUCUCUACAUGCAGACGCAUUCAAGCAUAUACUUCUGGUACACGGACGUGUCGGUGGCAUGACCCAAGAGACUCAUUCGGAGCCGGCGGUUCCGACUCCACAUAGGCAAGGAGUUACAGCGCGGACAUAUUGGUUUUUUUUUUUAGGUCCAUGAGGUAAGGGUAGGGGGAUGUUUAGCUCACGUCUUAACCACCCCGCACCCUCCCCCUGAAGGCUUGUAAGUUAGAUCGUCUAGGUAAUUCAGAUCGAUUCCAAAAACAGUA